UACUUUAUUGUUGCUAAAAACGAGGCUUUGUUACUUUCUCUUUUUAAUUUCUUCGCUAUCUUUUGGUGUGUUCUGCUAAACUUAAAGUGGUUGUUGUCUCUCCUUGAUCUUUGUGUUGUCUUACUCUUCUUGGUCUUUGUGUUGUCCUUUUCUUCUCCUAUACACUGUGUACGUGUGUAAAUACCAUAAGGCAUAUAUAUCUGAUUAGUGAAUUUACCAAAGAAGAAACAAUCUUGUCGUGUAAUAGAGAUACCCAAACAGCUGGAAAACUGGAAUCUUGUUUGGUCACUCUAAAGUUGCUGCUAUCUUUUUCAUGUUAUUUGGUUCAUUUACAAUACAACAGUUCAUCAGAAAAUUGAAGUAGCAAGAAGAAGCUGAAGACUUUCUAGAUUUUAAUUUUAUUGGGGUGACUUUGAAUAUAAUUCAGAAUUUGUUAGAGGUGCAUGAAGGAUCAGUGAUGCAAUGAGGGAUGAGUAUUCCAAGAAAAGCAAGUUGUCCUGGUCAAGAAAGUUGGUUAGGAAAUGGUUUAAGGGCAAAACUGAGGAAUUCCAAUCUGAUGAAUUUGUCUAUGGAGGAGAUUAUGAGUGGAGUACAAGCAUAUCUGAGCGGGAGCAUUGCACUAUCAAGAAGAGCAAAACAGAAAAAUCAAUCAGGGGUAUGGAGCAUCUCCCACGGGAGAGUGUUGAUCUUGAUCGCCCUAAGAUUAUAAAUGUACAAAAUUAUAGACUCUUUGUAUCUACAUGGAAUGUGGGUGGAGAAUCACCACCGAACAAUUUAAAUCUAGAUGACUGGCUUCAUUCUUCGCCCCCUGCAGACAUUUAUGUGCUCGGAUUUCAGGAAAUAGUUCCGUUAAAUGCAGGUAAUAUUCUGGGAGCCGAAGACAAUGGCCCUGGCAAAAAGUGGAUUGCUUUGAUUGGGGAGACAUUAAAUAACGGUCCUGGCACUAGUGGAGGUAAUGGUUGCUACACUUGUUCUCCGGUUGUUCCAGAUCCAAUUGCCGAGUGGAAUGCUGACUUUGAGGGUUCAAGUAGAUACAAGUCAUCAUCCAUCUCUCAUCGUCGGUCAUUCCAGACACCUCAGUGCGGGACCAUGGAAAAUGAUCCAUCCAUCUCGCAACCUCGCGUGGAUGGACGAUAUAGUGUUUGUGAUCGAGUAAUUUUUGGACAUAGGUCUAGUGAUUUUGAUCCUAAUAGGGAGCUGAGGCCAAGUGAUUAUUCAUCGGGUCAUAGGCUUAGUGACUAUUCCUGCGGACAAAGGCCAAGUGAUUUCUCCAGAUGGGGCUUGUCAGAUGAUGAUUAUGGACCUGGGGAUUCACCUACCGUAUCGUUUUCACCUGUCACAAAUGGAGAAGAUGGUUACAGAAUGCCCAGAAAUUCAACCUACUCUUUAGCAGCUAGUAAACAAAUGGUUGGCAUUUUUCUCACCGUAUGGGUGCGGAGUGAUUUGAGGGAACAUGUUCGAAAUAUGAAAAUAUCAUGUGUUGGCAGAGGGUUGAUGGGGUACCUUAGGAAUAAGGGAUCUAUCUCAAUCAGUAUGCAGUUGCAUCAAACAAGUUUUUGCUUUGUCUGCACUCACUUAACCUCUGGUCAGAAAGAGGGUGAUGAGUUGCGCAGAAACUCUGAUGUCAUGGACAUCCUAAAGAAAACAAGAUUUCCACAAGUUAGUGGUGUCAGUGAAGAGAAGUCACCAGAAACUAUUCUUGAGCACGACCGAGUUAUUUGGCUUGGGGAUCUGAACUAUCGGAUUGCACUCUCUUAUCGUUCUGCAAAAGCACUUGUUGAGAUGCAAAACUGGAGAGCAUUGUUGGGAAAUGACCAGCUGAGGAUAGAACAGAGACGUGGUCGAGUUUUUGUGGGAUGGAAAGAAGGAAAGAUAUAUUUCCCACCAACAUAUAAAUAUUCUAGGAAUUCAGAUAGGUAUUCUGUUGAUGACAUGCAACCAAAGGACAAGCGCCGAACGCCUGCAUGGUGUGAUCGAAUUUUGUGGCAUGGAGGGGGUCUCCAGCAGUUGUCUUAUGUCCGUGGGGAAUCUAGAUUUUCAGAUCAUAGACCUGUUUUCAGUGUGUUUUUGGCCGAAGUUGAGUCAGUACGCAGUAGAUCAAGGAAAAUGAGUUGUUCAAGCUCAAGAAUUGCGGUGGAGGAGCUCUUGCCCUACUCACAUGGUUAUACCGAACUCUGCUUCUUUUGAAGUACAAGUGAGGACAUAAAGCCUCAGUGUUCGGUGUUGCUCCCUAUUUUUGUCUAGGCAUGAAAUUGGUUGGUACACGAGAUUUUUAGUAAGGUUGCUCUUCAAUAGAAGAUUCAUCUGUUGUACUGGGCAUAGGAUUUGAACCUGUUCGUGAUUCUAUUAUUUCUCAAGUCUCCUUAGCUUUGUGCCUUGAUCUCCAGAGUACUUGUAACCUUUAAAUGUUCAUCUAAGCAUAUUAGUGAAUGGUACUUGUCUCAUCUCCCUUUCGCUCUCUAGAUUCAGGCAGGUGUUGCUUUGGAUUAACUCAACCACAAAGGGCGACAGGGGACUCUCCGUAUCCCACUAAUUGAAAAAGGUGGUAGAUACCCAAAUUUAUUAUCGCUGGCUUACCUUGAGAUAGACUGAACUGCAAACUAUUUUCCUAAACCUUGGAGCUUGGCGGCGUUUGCUGACUCAGUUAUGGAAGGAUCCUUUGAUCAAGUUUUUGAAGAUCAUCAAGAAGGUGAAGUUUACUAAAGACAAAUGUCUUUGGGACCCUUUUCUUUGAUUACUGAAGAUUUGGGUAAAGAUUUCCCCUUAAGGAUUGUCUGGAUUGGGAGUACUACUGCUAAUUUUUAAUCCGGAAGCUGAAGCUAAUUCCACGCGACAAUACUAAUUAGGUGCUUCUUUUUUGGCAAAUUUUAACAAGAUGAACUCGAGCUACGGUUAAAAGGACUGCCAAGUGGGAAAAUGAUAAUUCUAUUUCAAGAUUUUUAUUUUUUAGGCAGAGAGAUGACAUGAAGAGAAUGAGACAUGGUGGGAAGUUAUCAUGUUUGAACCUCUGGUGUGUACUCUAUUACAAACUUAAGAGGAACACAUAUAUAUUCAAAGGAAUUAUGAUCUCCUCCGUUUCCAUCC